GUUGAAACUCCAUCCGUUAAUCCAGGAUGCGCCAUUUAAUAGUCUUUUUAUGGUGGCAUAGAAGCUGUCCUUGAGCCUGGUGAUACAUGCUUUCAAGCUUUUGGAACUUCUGCCCAGUGGGGGAGAGGAGAAGAGAGACUGUCCAGGUGAAGGAUAACGAUUGACUUUGCUGAUAAUGUCUCAGGAGAAGGCGUACCUCGUUGCAGGAGAUCCACAGCAGCCUCCGUAUCCGCGUAAUGAGAUGUCGUAUGGAAAUGAACAUUAUCCACAACAGCCCCCACCAUAUGGACAGCCUGCAUUUCCUCAGGCUAACUACGGGCAGCCUCCGUUUCCAAUAGCAGGUUAUGGGCAGCCACCUUUUCCACCAUCUGCCUACGGGCAGCACGGCUUACCUCAAGGAUCGUUUGGAGAGUCACCGCAGCCAGUGUAUCCGCAGGGUCCAUUCCAGCAGCCGCCCAUGCCUCCACCUCCAAUGAUGCAUCCAAACGUUGGCUUGGGAAGUCCUGGCUACCAUGAUGAUGUCCCUCCAUCUUAUUAUGACAAUGGGGAAUUCAGUGCAGCAAACUUCGAAGAUAAAAACAUCCGUCGAGCAUUUAUUAGAAAGGUCUACUUGGUAUUGACUGUACAGCUGUUGGUGACGUUUGCCUUUGUGUGCAUCUGUACAUUCGUGACUGAAGCAAAGGAAUUUGUGAGGCGCACCCCUUGGCUUUACUAUGUGUCGUAUGGAGUAUUCUUCGUCUCACUUAUUGCUCUCAGUUGUUGUGGAGAGUUCAGAAGGAAACACCCCUGGAAUCUUGUUGCAUUGUCCAUCCUGACUCUGAGUAUGUCGUACAUGGUUGGAAUGAUUGCCAGUUUCUACAAUACGGAAUCUGUCGUGAUGGCCGUCGGGAUCACUGCAGCUGUUUGCUUUACCGUUGUGAUCUUCUCCAUGCAGACGAAAUAUGACUUUACUUCCUGUAUGGGUGUGAUGCUGGUGUCCGCUGUCGUGCUCUUUUUCUUUGGAAUCCUUUGCAUUUUUAUGCAAAACCGGAUUCUCCAGAUCGUGUAUGCAUCUGUUGGUGCACUGAUCUUUACAGUGUUUUUGGCCAUUGACACACAGAUGAUCUUGGGGAAUAAAAAGCUGGUUAUCAGUCCAGAGGAAUAUGUUUUUGCAGCGCUCAACCUCUAUACCGACAUCAUCAAUAUCUUUUUGUUCAUCAUGACGAUCAUCGGGCACAGCAGAGAGUGAGAUCUUGAUGGACAAGGAAGAACAUGUCCCUGGCGAAAAAUUAUCCUAAAGCCAUCUUUCCUUGUAUUGUCUAGAUUAAUGAAUCUUCCUUUUGAACAGUCCAAUUGCCUCCCCUGUGAAUAAGCAUGUUUGCAUGGAUGGGCAGCUGUGAAUGUACAGCCUCACUGUGGAUACCAGGGCUUUCAAUCUCAGUUGCUUGGGGAAUCAGGUUAAUCCCCCUUCACCAUAUAGUCCUGUGAGUUUAAGGAUCCCUUGGUCCAGUCCAGAGAUUUGAAGAUUGCAAAUAGUCCUCUUAAAACUGAAGAUUUUUUUUCUGGGAGAUUGAAACUAUAUUGCAAAAUACUUUUAUUAUGGUAACAAAUUGAAGUAUUCUGAAUUUAAGGCAACUUGAGAACAAAAAUCCUAUGCCUGUAAACAUGCUGAAUUCUAGUUCAGGGUCUGUACAAUCCCAACCUCAACCUGCACGUUUAGAAUUUCUAAGUUGGCAAUAUUAAAAUUAACUUACUAAAUGUGAAUCCUGUAAAAUUGUGAAUUCUGACACUUUAAUUUAGUAUCAAUAUCUUUAAUAUAUUAAUCUUGUUGACUUAUGCAGGCCAACACUGUGUGAAGAAUUGAAGGAGUUUUACUUUGCAGGCUAGACGGGAGGUUGAGCAGUGGAUGUGAAUGAGUAGAAAGGCAAAGAACAAAAUUUGUAAAAGAAUCGUGCUGUUGUAGUGGCAGUUCAGAAAAUUUAAUAAAGCCACAAUUAGCCACCUCUGGCCCUUGAAAGAAGUUGGAGCUUAUAGACUGAAGCGAUUUUUCUUCAUUUGAAAGAAGCUUACCUUUACUAAUGGGGAGAGCUUUGGACCUUGCUAAGAAGAUAUCAAUUAGCAUACAUCCAAUAUGCUCUUUAGCUAGUUGAAUUAGAGAUGUGUUCUUGGAGUGCAAACUGUAUUUUGGGGCUAAGUAAUCAUAGUUUCCAAGUAUUAUUGCUGUGCAUCAUUACAAUGGACUUAACUGCAUACUCAUAAUUUAAUUCUCAGAUUCAUAGAUUGCUGUCAGUGAUGCCAUACUUCCCCAUCUCCCACCGCUAGGGAGUAGGUUUUGAGUCCGUGUGAAAAUAGCUCAAUAGAUUUAAAUGUUGGGUUCUCUUGAAUUGUUAACAGAUAACUGAAAAUGAUUUUGUUAUACUUUCAUUAAUCAAGCUGUAAUGAUCUCAGUUUAAGUCAUUGUCCCAUUUAUCAGUGUGUUCAGCUGAAGAAAUUGGGUUU